GAGUGUAGUUGAUUUCGCUCCACCCAAUUUUUCUCUACGUCGCGCCAACUAAUAUAAAUAGGAUUGCAGUCUCUGCUGGUUAAUUAAGUCUCUUUGUGGAUUUCAUCAUACAAGAAAUACAGCAUAUCGGGUGCAAAGAGAGCUUCACUUAAUAGAAAUGGCAAUUUUAUUAAGCGUUCAAGACUUGGCUUUCAUUUUUGGCUUGUUGGGUAAGCACAAUUACGCGUAUUGAACAUGUCCUGAAAAAUUUAUAUACCGCCAUGGCCCUUUAUGAUUUUUUUUUUUAUGAAUCAUUCUCUUCUUCCUUUUCUUAACUACUAACGAAAGUCCUUACUUUUGUCAUAUUAGUAAUUUAUUCAGUUGAUUUUUAUUUUUAUUUUUUGGUAACGAAAGAGACAUACCCUUUCAACUAACAUAUUCUGUGAGUUAUAAUGCUAGUUACAUCAUAUUUCAAUCUCGAUUUGACUAUAAGCAAUGGAUAAGAAUAUUCCUCAAAAUCACUCAAUAAUAUUCCUCAAAAGCACUCAAUAAUAUGUGUUUCUUUUAAUUUUCGUUUGCUAAUGAUUUCAAGAUUAACAAUUGUUCAUUUAACUCUAGUUCUAAUAAUAUUGAAUUUCAGUUUUUCUCGCUGUAUAUCAAUGUAAAAAAUCAUGACUAGCAUAACCAAAUAUUCAGCGAUGAAUUUAUGAAGUUAUCAUUUAUGCACACUAGCUAGCUAAAUUACUGGUGGAUGUUAUCAAAGUAGUCACUUCUAGUUUAGUUUAUUUUAUUUUGCCUUUGAGACGUACUAAAUUUGCUAAUAACAAUCUUGAUUAACUUGUAAACCCCAAACCCCCGGGGAAAUGCUGAAUAAAGUUUUAAAGUUGGAUUGCAUUGAACAUUUGGUUAUAAGUACUCAGUUUUAUCAGCUGUAUGAAAUUUGAUGAUCAAUCCUUUCAUUUUUUACUAAUUUUUUUUUAUAACUGCAGGUAAUAUUGUAUCAUUCAUGGUGUUCCUAGCUCCAGUGCCAACAUUUUAUACAAUUUACAAGAAGAAAACAUCAGAAGGGUUUCAAUCCAUACCUUACGUGGUGGCACUCUUCAGUGCGUCACUAUUGCUAUAUUAUGCAUUUCUCAAGACUAAUGCCUAUUUGAUCGUCAGCAUUAAUGCCUUUGGAUGUUUCAUUGAAACAAUUUACCUCAUUUUCUUCAUUACAUUUGCUUCAAAGAAGACCAAGAUGUUCACAGUGAAGUUAAUACUUCUCUUCAACGUAGGAGUUCUGGGUCUUAUAAUGGUUGUUUCCAUUGUAUUCACAAAAGGUCCCCAUCGAGUAACCCUAGUAGGAUGGACUUGUGCAGUGAUCAACCUUGCUGUGUUUGCUGCUCCAUUGAGCAUUAUGAGACAAGUCAUUAGAACUAAGAGCGUCGAAUACAUGCCGUUCAAUCUAUCAUUUUUCCUCACACUUUGUGCCACAAUGUGGUUCUUCUAUGGUUUUUUCAUCAAAGAUUACUAUAUCGCUUUGCCAAAUGUAUUGGGCUUCUUAUUCGGGAUUGUUCAAAUGAUUCUCUACUUCGUUUACAAGAACGCCAGCAACAAAAGUGGUAGUGAAAUGGAGGAUAAUGAUAUCAAGAAUAUGAAAGGUGGUAGUGAAAUGAAGAUGGAAGAGUUUGAAGAAAAGGACAUGAAACUCAGCUCAACUAAAAAUCGCACAUCUGGUGCCGCUAAACAUCAAGAAGACAUAGAGAUGGGAAAAGUGUGAUUGAUUUUAUUAAUUUCUCAAAGGUAAUUAUUACAAUAAGGCAAGUAUAUCUGUCAUUGAUGUGCUUGCUUGCACCCACCUCCAGAAGAGAUUCAAUUUCGUAAUUUACAUUUCCACAUCACGAAUUAGUUAUAGCUGAUUGGUGUAUCAAGGAAUGAGGGAAAUAAUGAUACAUUGGUCGAAAUCAGUUCAUUGCCUUCUUUAUUGUUUGUCUGUUUAAAUGUAACUAAGAUUUCUCUUAUGUUGACAUUUCUCUACACACGCAUCAUCUUAAUUUGGUGGUGAUUGUUUGAGAGUUGAUUAUCAUAAAAGGGUACUACUAACAUACCAAUUGCUUAACCAACAACCACUUGGUCUAAGUGGUAUAAAUAUUGGGCC